AUUCCCGGGCAAGAGGGGAAGGGAGGCGGGGAGCGCUCACGUUCCCGGCGGCGGCUCGGAGAAAAGACUUAGGCGAGCGAGCGAGCGGCAGGGAGGGAGGCAGCCUCCGAGUCCGGCUGGGAUUGUCCUGCUGCGUGUCUUCUUGUCCCGUCCGUCCAGACGACCUGCUCCUCGCCCCGGCACAGCCAUGCUUCCUCGGGCCCUGCUGCUUCUCUUCAGCUUGCCUUGCGCUUGUUGGGGCUUCAACCUGGACACCGAGGCGCCGUCGCUUUUCCACGGCCCCCCAGGCAGCUUUUUUGGCUUCUCGGUGGACUUUUACCUCCCGGAGGCGCAGAGUGUCAGCAUCCUUGUUGGAGCACCCAAGGCCAAUACAAGCUCUCUGGAAAUCACUGAAGAAGGUGCUGUCUAUUACUGUCCAUGGCAUCUGGGCAACAGCAGCUGUACACCUAUUAAAUUUGACAGCCAAGGAACCCGUAUGGAAGAGUUCGGUGGGACGCAGGAACCAAUGGAGUUCAAAAGCCAGCAGUGGUUGGGUGCCACAGUGCGAUCACAUGGCAGCUCCAUCUUGGCCUGUGCCCCCUUGUACAGCUGGCGGACCAUCGAUGAGAAGCCGGAGCGUGAAGUUGUGGGCACCUGCUACCUGUCAGUCAGCAACUUCACCAAGUUUGUGGAAUACGCGCCUUGCCGCUCAGACCUGAAUUCAGCCAGUGGACAAGGAUACUGUCAGGGUGGAUUCAGUGCUGAAUUUACGAAGACUGGGCGCAUCCUCCUUGGUGGCCCUGGAAGCUAUUUCUGGCAAGGCCAGGUGAUAUCAGCAACGCAGGAUGCCAUUCAAGAAUCCUACGACCCCAACUAUUUAGUCCUGGUGGUUCGAGGGCAACUCCAGACACGUCAGGUCCACAGCAACGCUGAUGACAGUUACCUGGGCUACUCUGUUGCUGUGGGUGAAUUCAGCAGAGACGCCACUGAAGACUUUGUGGCUGGUGUUCCUAAAGGAAACCUGACAUAUGGAUAUGUCACAAUCCUAAAUGGAAGCAAUAUUCAACCCUUGUACAACUUUUCUGGAGAACAGAUGGCCGCCUCUUUUGGGUAUGCUGUGUCUGCCACCGAUAUCAAUGGCGAUGGUUUAGAUGACUUGUUGAUCGGUGCCCCCUUGUAUAUGGAGAAAACAGAAGACGGGCGUGUGCAGGAGGUGGGCAGGGUCUACCUUUACCUUCAGCAGCUGCAUGGCAUGAAUCCCAGCCCGUCAGCCGUCCUUACUGGUCACCAAGAGUUUGGCCGCUUUGGCAGUGCUAUUGCCCCGCUGGGAGACCUCAACCAGGAUGGUUACAAUGAUGUGGCCAUUGGGGCCCCAUUUGGUGGCCAGGCCCAGCAAGGUGUGGUCUACGUGUACAAUGGUCGACGUGACGGACUUCACCCCAAACCUUCUCAGAUGCUGCAGGGGCACUGGCCAGCUGGCCAAACCCCCGACUUCUUUGGGUUUGCCCUGCGUGGGGCUAAGGACCUGGACGGAAAUGGCUACCCAGAUCUGAUUGUGGGGGCCUUCGGAGUGGACAGAGCUAUGGUUUACAGGGGCCGCCCUAUCGUCCAUGCCAGUGCCACUCUGAGUAUCUUCCCCACCAUGUUUAACCCUGAGGAGAGAGCAUGCACCUUAGAUACUGGAACCCCUGUCGCCUGCAUCAACCUGAGCUACUGUCUGAAUGCAUCUGGGAAGCAUGUGCCUGACUCCAUUGGUUUCAGCGUGGAGCUGCACCUCGACCACCUCAAGCAGAAAGGGGCAGUGAAACGCGCGCUGUUCCUGCAUUCCCGCCAGCCCCACCUGGUUGAGACCAUCCAAAUCCGCAAUGGUGCUAACUCUGCAUGUAACGAGAUGAAGAUCUACCUCCGGAACGAGUCAGAGUUCCGUGACAAGCUCUCCCCCAUCUACCUGUCGCUCAACUUCUCGCUGGAUCCAGAGGCCCCACGAGAUGCACAUGGCCUACAACCCAUCCUCGACUACCAUACACAUAACCACAUUGAACAAAAGGCCCAGAUUCAGCUUGAUUGUGGUGAAGACAACGUCUGUGUCCCUGACCUCCAGCUUGAAGUCUCUGGGGAUCAUAAUGUUGUGUACCUGGGAGACAAGAAUGCACUGAAUCUUUCAUUCAUUGCACAGAACCGUGGCGAAGGUGGUGCCUAUGAGGCUGAGCUCCAUGUUACUGUCCCACCUGAGGCAGAUUACACUGGGGUUCUGCGAAACUAUCAGAACUUCUCCAGCCUGAGCUGUAUCUAUGAGACAGUGAACGACACCAGCACACUUAUCUGUGACCUUGGCAAUCCAAUGAAAGCAGGCACCAGUCUCUGGGGAGGCCUGCGCUUUACUGUGCCUCACCUCAUCGAUGCUAAGAAAUCCAUCCAGUUUGACUUUCAGAUUCGCAGCAAGAACGCAAACAAUUCCCAUAGCGAGGUGGUGCCAUUCCCCCUGCGUGUCGAGGCUGCCCUGCAUUUCUCUGUCAAUGGAGUAUCGAUGCCAGAUCCUGUGAUCCUCCCAGGGUCUGGCUGGACUCCAGUUCGAUCACCACAGCGAGAACAAGAUAUGGGCCCUGGUGUACACCAUGUCUAUGAGUUUGCGAAUGAUGGACCCAGUGCCAUCAGUGAGGGGCUCUUGGAUGUCAGCUGCCCGCUCCCAAAGCAACCUGUGCUCUAUGUCACACGCUACGCAGUGCCGGCCAAUUGCACCUCCAACCACCCCAUCAACCCAUUACGUCUGCAGCUGGAGCAGCCUCCCACUCCUUUCCCCCUGCAGGAGCAGCGCUAUGUACAGAGGCACGAUGCUGGUUGGACCAGUGGCUCUGGCGGGCAUAGCUUCUCUCUGAAAUGUCCUGAGGAAGAGUGCUUCCAGUUGCGCUGCCACAUGGGGACGCUAUCGCGGCAGGAAAGGGUCAGCUUGCACCUCUACUUCCGGGUCUGGUUCCAGCAGCGAGACUACUAUCCCCACACUCUACACUGUGAAGCUGCCUACCAGGUGCUGAAGGUGCCCUACAGGAUCCAGCCUCAAGAACUCCCCUUCGCUACCCUCAAGGUGCCAACAACUGUGCAGUGGGCAAAGGCAGAGACCAGCCAAGGUGUUCCUCUCUGGAUCAUCAUCUUAGCCAUUCUGAUUGGACUACUGCUGCUGGCACUGCUCAUCUAUGUACUAUACAAGCUGGGCUUUUUCAAGCGCUCCCUUCCUUAUGGCACAGCUAUGGAGAAGGCUCAGCUGAAGCCACAAGCAGCUUCAGAGGCCUAGCAGACCCAGUGUUGCCCUCCAUGUAUGUGUGCUGUCGCUGCCGCCCUGCAAAAAGGCACCAGGAUCGCCCGCCGUGGGCACUGGGGAGGGGAGCACGGACAACACCCGCAGGGCAAAGAAGGGCAGUGCCACAGACACUGGGCCCCAAGGACUGCAGCAGAGACCCAUGCCCCGAGCCCCUCUGCCCCUCACUGAAAGAGGCUCCAGGCUUGAGGCUUCGUGCCCUUCCUCCCCCAUUCCCUGGGGCUUGGAUCCUACAAACACGUUGUGCCCUGGCUGGGAUUUGCAGCAGGCAUUCAUUCCCAGCAGAAGGGAAUACUUGAAGCCGCUGGAGCGGCCGGUGCUGGCCUGAUUUCAGGCCCCCUACGUCAAGCUGUCUGUACCGUCCAUCUGUGGGGAAGGGAGUGUUCACUUGGACAGUUUCCAAGCUGCCAGUCCCCUGACAUACCACAGCUCGGCUGAAGAAAGAAGAAGCGGGGGGAAAGCACAAUCACUUCCCACGUCCAGCUCUUUCUCCUCCAAGGGCCGGAAUGGAGGGCCCUGGGCUCUCACCUCCUGUCUUCCCUCGGCCCGCUUCCUGUGGGGGAUGAUGUGGGACAGAGACUAAGCUGGGAAAGCCCCCAAUGCUCCCGCAAUGCCAAAGAUUUGCCACGUUAGGAAGCCAAGCCAUCGCCCGGUGUCGGCCCGGACUUGCCGACGGUCUUCGCACUGAUCUCCGGAAACCGCUAGAGAUUUUAUUUUUCAGAUGCCACUUUAAUUAAAUAACAGAAAGAAAGAAAAAAGAAAAAAAUAGACAAAAUGAGGAAGCUGCUGCCGCCUCCUAAUGGUGGAGACAGGGGUUGCUGUUUUUAAUUUAAUAUGUCCAUGUGCAAUAAAUGCUUCCACAUUUUC